UCUGUGAUGCUCCUAUCACACAGUACACCCAGCAAGGGAAUGGGAGCCGUUGCAGGGGCGAUCACCAGCUGAUCGACCUCUUGUCAGCUGAGCGAUGGCCGCCUCGUCGCCUGACAGUGAUCUGGGUUCCAUUGAUUGUUUCCAGAAUUACACUGCCCCGGAGGUAUUUGUGCAGGGCCUAGCGGGGCAGAUCAACCAGCAGGAUGUAGAGGCCAUAAUAAGGGCACAGAAACAAAUGUUGCAGCGGUUUGAAAAGACAAAUGAGAUGCUCAGCAACUGCAACUCCCUGUCAGCCACUCGCUUUGCUCUUGCCCAGAAGGAAUUCAAGAAGCACACUGCUCUCCUUGUUGAUAUGAAAAAAGACUUAGAUAACAUUUUCAAGAGAAUCAGAACCAUAAAGACCAAGCUUUCCAAUCAAUACCCAGCAGCCUUUGCAGUUGCACAGGAGGAAUCAUACAAAGAGGAGGAAGAAGAAGAGAGGCCACCCACCAACCAGAACCACUCAUCCAUAUCACGGGAAGAUAGUGCCAAGCGCACCUCGGUGUCAGGCGAGAGUGGACACUCAAGCAAUAAGUCUGAGCGAGUGGAGGAAAUGGAACAGUCUAGUGAUGGAAGUCGCCCUGAUGCAGAGAGACGAAUGAAAAAAACUGCCAGUAGUUCAUCAGACAGUAGCAGCAGUGGUGCUAAACUGUCCAGUUCAUCCUCCUUUGACAACUGAGACUAGAUCUGAUGGAAAGGAGGCAAGGAAGAGUGACCCACCACUAUCAGGGGAUGAGAGAAAAGAUAUAUUAUCUAGUUUCUUACCUAGAAUGACAAGGUUAUUUCCCAGCUCCAUCAUACAUAAAUAGAACUAUAAAUAAAAAAAUAUUUUAGAAUGUAUUGUUGACUUGGUUCAAGAGUAUUAGGUACUUUCUUGACUUUUUUUUUUACUGAUUAGUGUCUUCAAAUAACUAUAAAGACAUAAAGACCAUGAUAAGAUUUUACAUCUGAUAAUGAUCAGUAUUAUUUAAAUGAUGAGAAGAAAUAGUACACAAUAGAAACUCAAAAUUGUGGAUGGUAUGAAUUUUUUGUCUUCAUGCUUCUUAAAAGUUUCUUGUUUUGCAUUACUAUAAUGAAUGACUUUCUUAUCAUUGUGUGCUUUUUAGUACUUACAGUUUACAGUUUUGCAGGUUAUCCUUAUAAACUGCAAAUUCUGAAUUUUCACACUAAAAGAUUGUAUGUGAAAACUAUUAUAAGUAAGGAGGCUAGGGAUGCCUUCACCUUACCUAAGCCUGUGGUUCUCAAACUCUUGGGCUGCAACUUCUGUAAUGACAUUAAUAGAAACUUGUAAGCCCAGCACUUUAUCCAUGUUGAUAUUGCUGCAUACUUCACAUUUAAGCUUAUUCACUCUGACAUGGGUGAGUUUGUGGGUAUUGAGGCUGCCCUUCUCUGCAAACUUUUUC